AUGGAGGCACCAUUACCUCCAGAGUCAACGAGUAAGGCUGCCUACCCUCUUGGAGAUUCCUCCUCUUCAUCCACUGCCUCCGCUGUCUCCCCAGACACUUUGAAAAUUACGCCAAGCAAGGUUGCUGAUAUUGCCCCCUUACCUCUAGAUCUCCAAGGAAAAACUACUACUCUGGCUGCUAACGAUGCUCCACUUCCUCCCGAUUUCCUUUCGAAGCCGGCCAAGAAAGUGGAUGAUGCGCCGUUGCCUCCUGAUUUUCUACAGGAUAAGACAAAAUCCAAGGCUGAAGAGGCGCCUCUGCCCCCUGACUUUCUGUCCAAGCCCAAGAAGUCUGCUGCAGAAGAAGCACCAUUACCUCCUGACUUCUUGGCGAAGCCAAAGUCCAAGUCUCCUGUCCCUGAAGCAGCUCCUCUACCACCCGACUUCCUCUCGAACUCAUCUUCUAAGCAAGUACCUCAAGUUCCCACUGUGCCAAGCAGUCCAGAAGAGGAUGACCUUGAGGAGGAUGAUUUGUCCGAAGAUGAAGACGAGGAUGAGGAUGGCGAGGAUGGCGAAGGUGAGGAGGAAGAAGGCUCUGAGCCCGGAACUGAGGGUAGCGGAGUCGAUGUCGCUAAAGACUUGAGCCCGACGACGACUGGCGCUGUAGGCUUCACGCCCCAGAGCUCCUUUGGCGGCAUGGGUGGCAGCACAUUCUCAACUGUCUCUCGACCCGAGCCGGGUCGACUAUUUGGUGAAGUUAAUCGCAACGCACCAGUCUUCCCACAACCUGUGCCAGUCAGCCCUCGAUCGCCUAGCCCCGUUCGAGGUGCUAUUCCUCCAAGAGUGCUACGCAGCGAGUCAUCUCGUUCGGUUAGUGCCCCAGGAAUGGCGUCGCAGAUUUUGGGUGCUCGUAAACCAAGUGCUAGUGUGUUUGGUAAAUCCAUCACGGCACGGGGGCCGCCUGAAGAGGACCAUAAUGUGAUCCUCCAGAGACGAGCACAGGAGAGAAAGGAUAAGGAAGAGUCCCAGACUCUUGAAGAUGAAGAAUAUGAACACGUGCAGCAAAUUCUUGACUCGGAAAUCGAGCCGACUGUCGAAGUUGCAGAUUUCACUGCAUUCGCCAGCAGUUCUUCGAAUACCGAAGCAUCAACCGUUGCGUCCCAGGCAGAGGCGUUGUAUCGUGACAUUAAUGGGAUGAUGCAUGUUCUCGGACUCAAUUCACGAGCUCUGGCCAGCUUCAUCAAGGGCCAUACAGAGCUAUAUAAAGAUAGUGGGCGAACAAAGGAAGAUUUGGACGACCCUGACAGCUGGGUUCUAUGCGAAGCCGAUGACCUUGGAGAGAUUUUAGACGACGAACUGACGCAAGAUUUGCUGGAUGGCCAACUGAAAGACUUCGAUCAGACUUGGGAUGCUUGCCAAGAUCUGCUUAAGGAGCUCCCAAGGCUCCGAGCAAAGCAGGAAGAUAUGAAGAGGGUCAUUGGAACUUUACUUGAUCCUGACCAGAUUGCUGCCACCCGCUCCCUGCCCCUUAGCGCAGAGCAAGCGACGCAGCAGAACGACCUCCGCAGAGCUUAUGCUCAUAUGACCAGACUGCUUGCUGAGGCCGAGGGUGCACUGACUAUGCUGAAGACCAAGAUUGCCUCUGCAGCUGGAGCAGCUGGUAAGAGCGCCGCCGUGCCUACUGUCGAGGCGAUCAUGAAGACAAUUAUGAAGAUGACUAGCAUGGCGGAGAAGAGAAGUGGAGACAUCGACGUCUUGGAGAACCAGAUGCGCAAGCUUCGAUUCAGCUCGGUUGGUAGUCGCGAGGGAUCCCCCUUUAGGACCCCACCCAGACGGUCGAUUCAGUCCCCAGAUCCACGGAAGUCGCUUACUUCUUCGAUAACUUCAUACGGUGCUCGUGCGCCAGGUACGCCGCCGCGCAAGAAGCUGAGCGGAUUCAGUGAGGAGGAAAAGUCAGUUAUCCGCCAGAAGAGAGAAAAGAAACAGGCUGUGCUUGGCCGACUCAAGGCAAGCUUGGAGAAAGCGGGACCCAACGUGUCUCGGCUGACGGAUGAGGACUGA